AUGUCGGUAAGCUCCUACCACGAAAAUGGCGGAGAUCUAUAUUUAGUGGACUGAAUGAAGACUGAGAAAAUGCAGUUUGAAAUGCAAGUGUUGUUUGUGUAUGUGAUGCUGAUAAACCUUUGAAGACUUGUGACGUGUAAUUUGCACACGUCACGGCCUCAUGUGCCUCAACAGAAGACUGCAAUACAAGACUGAAGGCGAAAACCCACUCGAGUACAACUCUGAAGACUGAGAAGGGGGCAUCGGUGGGAGUCUGCCUCCUCCUAAAACAAUAACUAAUAACCUAGCAGAGUUGUCCUGUCGGCAUGGGCGACUCACGGGACCGCUUGGACUCGGAUGACGAAGCAGGCAGCGGCGAGAGCGGCGCGGAUGCCCGGGCCGCCGGUAGCGGGGGCGGGGGCGGCGGCGGCGGCGGCGGCGGCGGUACGGGGCCGGGCUCCACGCAAGCGCCAAGCAACAACCGCCAGAUGCGGAACAAGGCGGAGAAGCAGCGGAGGGACAAGUUGAACAGCUUGAUCACCGAGCUGGCGCACCUGGUGCCCAUGGUGGCGCAGUCGCCGCGCCGCAUGGACAAGACCUCCAUCCUGCGCCUCAGCGCCACCUUCCUACGCAUGUACCGCUGCCUGCCCCUGAAGCCUGGCGAGAUCCACGAGCCCUUUCUGCCCUUCCUGGAAACGCUGAAGGUGUCGCAAGUACUGCUAGAUUUCCUGCAAGGCAUGGAGGGCUUCAUGCUGGUGGUGACGGGCGCGGGCAAGAUCGUCUUCGUCACGCACACCGUCGAGAAGCUGCUGGGCCACACCCAGAACGACCUGCUGGGACAGUCGCUGUACAACAUCACGCGGCCGGAGGACCACGAGGAGCUGCGGCGUAACAUCGAGACGGCUCCCAGCGACGGCCGCGCCUCUUCCGCCGCUUCCGGCUGCUCGCCAGCGCUGACGUCCGACGAGAGCAGCUGUGAGGACGGCGCGGCCGGCGGCUCGACGCCCAGCAGCUCGCCGUCGGCGUCGCGGCCCGGCACGUCGGCGUCCACGGCGUCGGUGGGCUCGUCCUGCGACGGCGGCCGCGCCGGCCUGGGCGGCCUCUUCGGCUCCGCGGGCGCCGCCGAGCACCACCGGCGCUCCUUCUACAUUCACCUGGCGCAACGCGCCGGCGGCCGCGCGGCCGGCUCUGGCGCCGCCACUGCGGGCGCCGGCGGAGGCGGCGGCGGCGGCGGGGGCGGCGCGGCCGGCCAGGGCGCCGAGCAGACCACGUACGAGCUGGUUCACUUCCUCGGCUACCUGCAGGUCCCGCGGUCCCACGAGCCGCCGCCCGCCACGCACCGCCCGCGCCGACACCGCGACACAGUUCCAAGUAGCAACAGUGACAAUGUCCUGGUUGCUGUCGUCCAACUGUUCCGGGAGAAAAAAGUCAUGGAGUUAUCUCUCCUGGAGGCAACACUGGAUGAGUACCAAACGAGGCAUCUAAAAGAUGGCAGUAUUGUGUAUUCAGAUCACAGAAUAUCUGUCGUGGCCGGAUAUCUGGCAGAUGAGGUUCAUGGCCGCAAUGCAUUCACAUUCAUGCAUCAGGAUGACAUGGCAUAUGCCUUAAUAGCCCUUCAGCAGAUGUUUGACAAGAAUGAGCCCUUUGGCAGUUCCACUUACAGGCUCGUUACAAAAAAUGGGCAAUACAUUUAUAUGAGAACAAGAGGCUAUUUAGAGUUUGCCCAUGGAUCAAAAGAUGUGGAGACAUUUUUGUGCAUUAACACACUUCUGUCGAAAGAAGAAGGUGAAGAUGGGCUGCGGGAGAUGAAGCAGCGCUUCUCUGCUUAUGUCUCUGCACUGAGAGCUGCUGGAGCCGACUUGUCCUUGGCUGGCAUUGCUGCUGCUAUGAGUGCUGCACCGCCCCCACCCCGCAUGGUGAAAGGUUCCGAGCUUCCCAAACUGCCACCCCCACCCCCACCACCAUCUUUACAACCGUCAUCACCAUCACCACUGCCACCACCACGACCACCACCGCUACCACAACCACCUGCAGCAAUCACGUCAUUGUCAUCGCCUGAGAUUAUGACUAAUUCAACUCUCUGUGAAGUGUCUCCGCCCUUCACAGCAAUGGUGACGGAGAGUACAGCUAGCUCAGAGCAGAGUGCAGAUGUCUUUAGCAAUGUUUCACGCUCAGAAGCUGCAGCAAGCAAAUACAGAAACCAAGCACCAACAGCAGCUUCCAGAUCACCUACAGUGGAUCCAUAUCUUCCAGCAGCAAGACCUCGUGCAGUUUCUGAAGGAGAUGACACUACUGGAUUCAAUUUACAGAAUUUUGUAAAUCUCUUCAAGGUGCCUGAAGAGGAAGAAAAUAGUGUUGAAGUUCAGCUGUCACCUCUUGCCAAUAGUACUGGCAUUACCACAGACUUAGAAGAAAAAGAACGGCUCAGAAAUCCACUUUCUCCUUCAUCACCUCCAUCGAGGCACCCAUACACCGCUGCCCAGAGGAUUAGGGCAGCAUCAGAAAGUGAACUACAGACUGCCAAUAGUGGAUCGACCUUUAUUCAGUCAGAUCCUGCGAGCAGAGGGGGCAACUGGCAGUUUCCGAGGCCCGGAGACAUGCCUCAUUCGGGAACUACGGAGAGAAGGCCCCCAGAAAGACCGACGGUUAUUACCGGACGGUGCUGUGCUGGAUCUGAGAGGAUGAAGUGCAGUAGAUUGUCAGUUAUGUCAGUCACAGGAGAUGAGAAGAGGAUUACCAGUGUGCGUGGUGAAGUUACUGUGUUAAAAAGGACUAUGAGUGCAGAUGUAGAAAAUCCGAGCACUACAAAGAAACUGAAUGUUGGACCCCGGUACUGUAGGCAGCGGCACAGAGUUGAGCAUCCUCCUACGGAAGCUCUGAGUGUGGAAGUAAAUACACUUCCACCCGAUGAACUGCAGCAUAUAAUAUUGUCGAGGGACAGUGGCAUGUAUAAUUCACAGCCGACAGUUCUCGUAUCACAGCACAGCCUGUUUCGGACAUCACAGCCAGCACUUCAGACUGUGACACAAAAUGUGCCUGCAUCUUCUUUGAGCCCCCCUCAACUAGCCGAAAUGCAGAGCACGUCUGUUACACCACCAUCGUUUAUUAUGGAAGAACCUAGUGGCCUGCCUCUUGUGAACUUAAGUGAUGCCAACACAUUGUCAGUUGGUUGCCAGGAUUCUCUUAUCAGCCCUGAUCAUGGAGACAGUGACUCAUUUUCAUCUCUAGGAUUACCUGAUCCAGAGAAUAACCCAGAGGUCUUAGACCUGUUAGAAGCAUCUGAACUGAAGCUAAAUUUUGACACAUUGCAAGAGGUGCGCAGUAGCAACGAACCAGAAGCACCUUCCGGACCGGAGACUGCAGUCACUCUGGAGCGCUUUCUGGCACGCAAACACCUACAACUCGAGUCGUGCAUGCAGCGACAGGAAACACAGAUGCACUGCAUCGAGCACGACCUGACUCAGCUCCCAUUGGCAGACCAUGUGUUCCGCUCAAACCUCACACAACUGCAGGCAAGUGGCCCGAUACAUGCCAGGAAGGAAGAGAGACAAGCUUCAAAAUUACACAUUCCUGUCCUCACACCUAUAUUUAUGAGGAACAACAUAAGAAGCACCAGAUACUGCUGAACAACCUCAAAGAAGACCGUUAUAAUAUACAUAGUAAUAAAAUCAAAAUUUGUAAUGUUAAGCAAGAUAUUGGUGUGUGAAGCAUAAUAGAUAUCACAAACCACACUGGAAUCAUGGGUGGAUGGUGAAAUUUGUGAAUUUUUUUAUGCAUACAUCAGAGUAAAUAAUAGUUUAUACACAGUUUAUGAUUUUAGGGAAGUGAUUCUAAACACUCAGGGAUUUCUGUGUAGUUAAGAAGGAAAGUUUGGUUGAUAUUGGCCAGUUUUUGCAACAUUGUUUUGUAGGCAACAUGUAUGACAAUUGAACAUAUAAAAACUUAUAACUUUAAAUUCUGUACAGCCUUAAAUUCAAACAUGAGCUGGAUUCAUCAUGAUAAUGCAGAUACUUUGAAAAAUGAAACUCCAUGUUCUGGAAAUGCAUAAAUGAGGUACAUACGUUUCAAAAUUUUAGUAAGCAUUACAUGCCAUGAUAUUUUUAUUAGGGGAACACAUCUGGGGCCACAAAUUUGAUUAUUGCUUCCUCUUUCUACUAUUUUUCGUCCCUGAGUAGGUAGUACAUUGACUUCAUUUUUAUAGAAAAGGCUAAAAUGUUUACAAAAAGUAUCAGCUCAGUAUUUUUGAAGUAAGUGGGCUUUGUAAUCCCACAUUGACUGCAUACCUGACUGACACUGAACAUUUAUUAAAAUGAGUUGACUUAAUAUACAUACAGUGGAUAUGAGUAACUGUUAUAGUUUGUUAGUAACAACCUAACCCAAAAAGGAGAAAAGAGAAAUAACAUUAUAUCAUUAUAUAUCUGCUCAAUGUCAUUACUUACUAUAUAGCACAGCUUAUCUCCUCUAUCUUUGCAAGAGGAAAGAACUGGUGCAAAAGACUUUGCAUUUUUAUGUUAUUUUUGUAGUAUGGAAUUUUGUACUUUGCAUAAGUGUUUUAGUUUUGGGAAUUACCUUUUUACUCUCAUGUAUGCAUUAGAAUGAAACAUCUUUGUACCUGACUUGAAUUUUCUCAUACAUUGUAGACUGUUAAAAGCGAACUGAAAUUUUUGGUGUUAUUUCACCAACCAUCCGACUGAAUAUUUCAUAUAUAAAUUAAGACAGCACUAUGCGCAAUAUAUUCCACAAUUUAUAUAUUUCGAUACACAUGUUUAGAACCAUUCAGUCUGUCCAUAUAAUCAUCAGAUCUCAAUUUGAAGAACUCACUUAAAACCAUGUUCCUGUCAUGUUUCCCUUGUUACUGUCCUGAGGAAAAUUCUUUUAGCAUUGUGCACUGAGGUACUGAGUUUUAUGUUAUACCCGAUGACAUGUAAAUGAUAUAUUUGUUAAAAAUAAUUUGUGUAUCAUUGAGAGAAUCAACUAGUCAGUGUGUAAGUACUUUGUAAUGCAGAAACAGAAAAGUCAAUGAAGUGCCUUCUGAUUGCAGAAGAAUAGUUUUAGUAUGUAUGACUUUGUUUUCCACCCAGAAACUCCAGCUUUGCUGUUCAUCAUACAGUCAGUACUAUACCACCAUGGAAACUUCAGUGCCCCUACCUUGCUUAAUGAAGAUCAACUCCUCAGAGAUUACCAGCAAGAUCCUAUAGUGUGUGUGCCAAGUUAAGAAAAACUGAUCAGUGUUGUUUAGUGGUCCUACCUGCAAGUUAAGUACAAUGACUUCACACAUAAAUAUCCCAGACUUGAGUUGUGUACCUCCUGUCCUAAGUGACUAAAAAGACUGUGGUAGUGAAGUGUGAGUGAGUGAAAUUGUUUUAAUUGCACUGGAAACAUUUUAUUUAAAGGGCAAUGAAUAUACUAACUGCUCAAUAUGAUCGACAUAGACUGAUUUCAAAAAGACUGAAAAUGAUAAUAUUUAACACAGCAGCAAAUGUAUAGUGAGCUUUUUGCUCUGUGUAUUCAAAAAGUUGCAUUUGAUUUGGUUGGAGUCAGAGGCUAGUGGUUAAUUUACUGUUUAAGAGAUUUUUACAAGAGAACUUUUAUACAAUGGAGAUUAUAGUACAUCGUAUAAUACCUCACUGUGCAAUACAUUAAAGUGAUGCUUGUGAAAAGGAAGCAGUAAGUUUCAUUCUUGUCUUUUAUGUCAGCUGUUAUGCUGCUUUAUACACGUGUUCUUUUUGUAUAACUGAAACUGCCUAAAUUUGAUAGUAGUUGUACGACUGACAUAGCAUCAGACAGUUCUUGUAAUGUAACUCACGGCCUUGCCUCAUCCCGUGUCAGUGCUUUGUGUUCUUGGACAUUCACCUUGUUGAUUAUUCACAAGCUGUUGAUAAUAAAUUCUGGAUUAUAAUAAUUUGUGUCUGAAAAGAUCUAUCCUUCAUAAUGGAAUUGUAGUUGUCUAUAUGAAUAUCUAAAAUUUGUAAUGAUUGUUUGCUGAUUUACCUAAAGAAAAUGAACAAAGGACAACAGUUAUGGGUACAUUUAGUUGUUUUAUGCACUUACCCCUAACUACAGAUGUAAUAGCUCUCAAAUGGCACAUAAACAUACAGCUGUAAAGUUUUUUAGACCAUUGCAUGACUGUGUGGGUGAACGUACUAAGGGCAAUUGUAAUUAAAACACGAAAAAUAACUUUCUUGUUGUACAUUGUAAGUAAUCAUAUUGUCUCAAAUUUUGACUGGAAGUUAUUUUCACAUUCAUGUCAUGUGGAUUAUGUAAAUUGUAGUGUCAAGAUAUAAUUUAGAAAUUUGAUUUUUAUGUUUCUCUGUAUUCAGAAAUUGCAAAAAUAUGAUUAUUUAAUGUACAGGAAUAUUUAAAAAUUUAAAUUUGCUAUUUGUCGUGGGUAAAUUGACUGUGUGCCUUCCAGUAAAUGUUCAAUUAUUUUCAAAUGACUCAGUGCUUGGAUGAUUAAAUAGUAUUUACUCAUCUUGAAAAAUCAUAAACAGAGGAAUAAUUGUAUGAGAGAGACUUUGUGAAUCCUUUUUGUUUUAUUGUUGAGUGUGAGUAAUGAUAUGUAAUUGUAAUGUGACAUUUUUCUAGUAUAUUAAAGCUUCUGACUCCUAGCCACAAAAUCAAAUUGCUUUGUUAAAUGGAAAAAAUCAUUAAUAUUAAGACUGUUAUAAUUACUGUUAAAAAGUCUGAAUAAUAAAUAAAAUUUUAUACCAUUGACCAUCAUAUUGGAUUUUAAAACAUUCUCUAUACGUUGACAUUAAUGUAUAAAAUUGAGAUAUCUGAUAAUUUUUUAAUGGACUGUGAUGUAACAACUGACAUCCUCUUUACGUCAUAAGUUUGAAAUGCAGAUGUAUAUUUCACAUGAGGCCACAUUCUACUAGCUACCUUCGGGUUCAGAUUCCUGGUGUGAUGAUGUAAUUGUCAUUCCCUGGAUAGAUCUGAAUUUUUUGAUUCAAAUUUUCUUACUAUUGAAGGAAAUACAGUGCCCAUUUGUAUAAUGGGAAAAAAAUAUUUUGACUGUUGGACAGCAGAUAAAGUUUAAUGGAUCUUUCUUAAAAUUUUUAAAGAAAUGAACAGUUCACAGAUUGUGUAAAAUAUUUCUUUAGUACGCUUUUGUUUUGAACUAAAUAGUGGCAUAAAGUUGUAUUUGUUAUCACAAAGCAAAUGUGUGUGUGUGUUUUUUUUACUGUAUCAGGAACAACAUCAAUACAAGAAUGAUGAUUUCAGUAAGUUAUUAACUAUAUCACAUUCAAACAUGAUCAUCUUCAGUAUUGAUAUUGAUGUGUGGUGAAUUCACAAAGUGACAGAUGAAUUGGAUAGUAUUUAGCUUUGGGAAGUGCAACUCCUGAAACAUCUGAUAGACACACAUAAAAGUACGUACAGCCAUCACUGUUAGCGUUUGGAACCACAGCUUCCAUCUUAAGAACAGGAAAAAAGGAAAAGCUGAGUGAUGUUGGAGAGACGGUUCUUUUCUUUUCUUUGGGGUGGGAGAAAUCACAACCCAGAUCAAUGUCUGUUAAGGAAAGGAAGCAACAGUGAAGAAACAGGUAUCUGAAAACAUAUGGUUCUGAAGAGUAGGGGUAAUUUCUUUUUAACAAUGUAGUAAAAGACAGAUUGCUACUUACCAUAAAAAAGAUACAUCAAGUUGGAGACAGGCACAAUUAAGACAUUCAUGUAUAGCUUUCAGCCACAGCCUUCAUCAGUAAAACAAACGAACAAACACACACACACACACACACACACACACACCGAUUCAGGCCCGAGAUGCCUUAGUUGGCGGUCGUGUGUGUGUGAUGUGUGCUUGCUUUUGGUGUGUGUGUGUGUGUAUGUGUGUGUGUGUGUGUGUGUGUGUGUGUUUUCUUACUGAUGAAGGCUGUGGCCAAAAGCUACAUGUAAGUGUGUUUUAAUUGUGCCUGUCUGCUACUUGAUGUGUCUUCUUUACAGUAAGCAGCAAUCUGUCUUUUCGUACAUUGUUGAUGUUCUUACCUGGAGUUUUCAUCAUUUGGUAAUUUCUUUUUUAUUUCCAUGUGCGUCUAUUCACCAACUUAAGAGUUACACCUCCUGAAGUUAAGUGAUAGUCACCUGCCUCUUUGUGAAUUUGUUAAAUCUCUAUAUGGAAUUUUCUUGUUUAUAUUAUUUUAAUAUAAUAUAUGUAUUUUUUUUUUUUCUUCAUAUCAAUUCAUCUGUAUUUAAUGUCGUUGACUUGUUGAGGGGGGAAAAAUAAUCACUUGCCCCUUUUUAAAAUUCAUAUUAAGUUUUCAGCAAAUUUGAAGUGCAGAAUUUUUUCUUAAGAUCGUAAUUCUGUAUAUCCACAUUAUUGUGGUUUGUAUAAAUUUAUGAAGCUUGUUUACGUUAUGAAGAAGUCCUGAAACAUUUCUGGGUAAGUAAUUUCUUUUGACCAGUUGAAUACGUGUGUGUGUGUGUGUGUGUGUGUGUGUGU